AUGUCUGACGAAGGCAACGAGAUUGAUGCUGAAAUAGGAUAUGACGGUGAUGAUGGCGGUAGCGAGGACGGAUCAUUGUCAUUGGAUGAAGACGAACAUGACGGCGAAAAUUAUAUGAGUUUGGAUGAGUCUUACAGUGGCAAUAUAAGAGGGGAUGAUGACAAUGAGGAUAUGGAUGUAGAUGAUUCAUAUGCUGAAAGCGGAAGCCAUGGAGAGGUUGGUGGCGCGUGCGAAAACGAUGAUGAUGCCGAUGGUGAUGAGUGCAAUUUUGACAGUGGGUACGAUGAAUACCAGCAAGAACCACUGGACAGGCAUUGGACGGUGAUGUCCACGACGUUCAGGAUAGACGAGGAGGCAUAUGAUUUCUAUAACGACUAUGCGAAAAAGCGUGGCUUCAGCAUUAGGAAGGACAACUUGAAAUAUGCAAAGGGUAUCGACGCACGUAGGCGCUUGAGGAGGUUUCUCUGUUCAAGGGCUGGGAAACGACAGGCCAAGUUUUGUACCAUGGAAGGGAAGAAGCGCAGGUUGAGAGCGGAGACUCCAUGCUAUUGCGAGGCCCAUCUAACUGUGAAGCUUGACAGAGAGCGCUCCAUUUGGUAUGUCAGCAGUUUCAACGAUGAUCAUAGUCACACUCUUGCUAGACCGGAUGAAGUUAUAUAUCUUCGAUCUCAUAAUCAGAUAAAGGAAUACCAGAAGCUCGAGAUCUUAGCAAUGGCAGGUGUUGGGCUCAAAAAACAUUGGAUUUAUGACAACUUCGUUACUAGGUAUGGAUCAUAUGCACGGGCUGGUUUCGGGAGGAGGAAGCUUUAUAACAUGUGUUAUAGGGAGAAAAUAAAGUUGCUAGCAAAGGAUGAUGCGGACACUGCGAUUGGUAUCAUGAUGACGAGAAAGGCAAGGGAUCCAGACUUUUUCUUUGAGCACAGUGUUGACGCAGAAGGCAAGCUGAAGAACAUGUUCUGGUGUGAUUCUCAGUCACGUCGGGAUUACCUUGACUUUGGUGAUGUAAUCGUCUUCGACAGCACUUACAAGAUGAAUAGACGAGACGGAGGAUACAUAUGUUUGGGUGUUGCAGACCUUCUUGAGAGCUCAUUGUCAGAAGAAGCCGAGAAACACCUCCACCACAAGUCCCUUAAAGAGUUCAGGUCUCUUAUUUACUAUGCUACUACACAUGAUGAGUUUGAGGCGAGAUGGGCAGCUUUUAGAGCUAAAUGGGAGUCGGAGAAAACUGAAACAUGGUUGCGUAGGAUGUACAGGAAGAAAAGGCUUUGGGCUGCGUCAUAUCUCACUGGUGGGUUCUUCCUUGGUAUGCGGAGUAACCAGAGGAGCGAGAGUCUGAACUCUUGCCUUCAUAUGCAUCUUGACUCUGGCAUGACAAUUGUUGAUAUGGUUGUGCAUUAUGAGAACUGCAUUGUUCGGCUCCGUGAGAACAAGUCACACGACGACUGCAUGUCCACACAGACACUCCCUGUACCAGUAGUCGACGAGUUCAAAUGCAUUGAAAAAGCCGCUGCCCGUGACUUCGCUGCGGUGAACUUUUACCUCUUGCAGAUAGAAAUGAAGAAGGCAGCGGAUCUUGAGAUCAUAGAUAGACUCAGUGGAGCCGUCAGUAGGAGAUUCAUAGUGGCAUGGAAAAAUAACAGGCAACUGAGAUUCAAAGUGGACUAUACACCUACUAAUUCAGAAGAAACAGUGAAGUGCAGUUGUGAUAGUAUGAAACGUAAAGGUCUUCCAUGCAAGCAUGUUCUUUAUGUUUUAGCCAGGUUGAACAUGAAGGAGUUACCUAAGUGCUUAGUGCUGCGAAGAUUCACCAAGAAUGCUAGAGGUGGACUGCCGUGA